AUGCCGUACAGUAGUAACAGAGUGGACAUCAUGAGACUUUCCCCACGAAAGGGACGGAUGAACGAGAUUGCUGCUUCAGAAGCAAUGGGAGACGUCGGAAAUGGUGAUCCCAGUCAAUCGAAUAAUGCAGAUAUGAUUCCAAAUCGAGGAAGAACCAUCCUACUGUUGUCAUUCUUCAUGUUGUUUCAUGUUCAAUUCAAUAAACGCCGUGCAUCGUCGUCGCUAUUCGAUGAAAUUCCUAGAACGAAACCAAGGAUGGGAGUGAUUCAAAGUGCAGCGACCAACUGGCUCUCUAUGGACUCCAUGAUGAAGGCCAAGCCGCUUGCAAUGAGAGAAACCAAUUCAGGUUUCUCAGAACCGACACUACCACCAGAAACGAGAAUACCAGCACUGGUAGCCCCAACGAUACCAUCGACUGACGCCCAACCAAAGCGCACCAAGAAACAAAGAUCAACUAGUCCAUACCAGAAUGAGCACAAAAAGGUGGUAACAGUGGUGGCGCAGCUGAAUGGCGAAUUGGGAAAUCAAAUGCACAAGAUUGCCAAUGCCGUGUGUGUCCAACGGCACAUUGAACGGAAGUUACAGUUGCCCACCGAACUCAAGUUGCGCGCCCAAGACAACGCCAAAUGGGAGCGUUCCAUGAAAAAUAUGAAGGAAGCCUUUCCAAGCACAAGACCCUUGAACUUUCGAGCCGGCAAUACACCACUCUUUGAUCAGGUCCGACAGAUUCAAGAGGAUUGGAUUCAAAGUUUGGUGGCUAACAAAAAGGUCAAUUUAACUGGAAUUGGCGAUCCAAAGGUUAUGAAUCGCAUGAAAUCCAGUGGAUGGCAACCCACCCAAGAAAUUUUGCGACUUUUGAAUCAAACGUGGUACAUGGAUCGGCCAAUGGCACCUGGUGGGAAUACCGAGUUUUCCAUUCCUCAUAUUUAUUCCGAUGCCUUUACGAGUCGAUAUUGUUUUGAGAAGAUGCUAACUGAGAUUCGAGACUUUUUUGCCAUUGAUGAAUAUCGGAUUUGCAAACAAAAGCCACAGCCCGAUGAAUCCGUCUUGCACUUGCGCAACUUUUUGGUCGAAAUGGGCAAAGCGGGCCGAGACUUGGGAUUUGAAGAACUGAGUCCGGAAAAGACGGCGACGGAAAUCUUUGCCAAUUACACACCAGGAGAUAAGGUGGCCAUUGUCAGUCGGUUCCAAACCAACACGGACAAGUACAUCAAGGCCCUCAAGGAGAUCCGAGGCAUUGACGCUAGAUACAUCAAGGGACAGACAGGAAAUCAAGACUUUUGCUUUCUUCUCAAGAGUCGGAAAGAUAUCAUCGGUCAACGGGUUUCUACCUUUGCCACUUGGGCUGGCUUGCUGGGAAGACCCGAACGACUACGCUUGUAUUCCGUCGAUAGCAAAUACACUCGAGCCAAAAAGAGGAGUUUCUACAAGGCAAAGUGGGAUCAUCCCGAGCUGAAGAAAGUGAUUGUCUAUGAGAACUAUAAAGCUUGA